AUAUAUAUGUGGGGGAUUGUUGAUUGGUAUGCAAUCUUUGAAAUUCAGCAACUGGGUCUCUCUUCUCUUUCUGGGCGUGUCUGUUUUCUUGUUCUACAGAUACCCUUUUCAUCAUUCUGAGGAUAUGGCUGAAGAAGCUCCCAAAUCCAUUUAUGAUUUCACUGUCAAGGAUAUUCGCGGGAACGACGUAAGUCUGAGCGAUUACAAUGGGAAGGUUCUUCUGAUAGUGAAUGUUGCAUCAAAAUGCGGUCUAACACAUUCCAACUACAAGGAAUUGAAUGUUUUAUAUGAAAAAUACAAAAGCCAAGGGUUUGAGAUUUUGGCAUUUCCUUGCAACCAGUUUCUAGGACAAGAACCAGGAAGUAAUGAGGACAUUCUGGAAGCUGCAUGCACCAUGUUCAAAGCUGAGUUCCCGAUCUUUGAUAAGGUUGAGGUGAAUGGCAAGAACACGGCACCCCUCUACAAGUUCUUAAAGUUGCAGAAAGGCGGGUUAUUUGGUGAUGGCAUCAAAUGGAAUUUCACAAAGUUUCUGGUGGACAAAGAAGGGAAGGUUGUGGGCAGAUAUGCUCCUACCACAUCACCUCUUAAAAUUGAGGAAGACAUCCAAAAUCUGCUGGGUUCAGCCUGAGUUUCAAGGUUCAAGAACAUAGUCCAUCUUUUAAUGAGAAUAAAAUUGUUAUCACCUUGAAGUACAAUGCAUCUAGGAGAAAAUGGAUUGCAAAGUGUUCUAGAUUUGUUGGUUGCAGUGUGCUAAGAUCCCAAUCAAACUGGAUGGUUACUGGGAAAACUCUUGUUUGUUUUCUUUUAUAUUUUAUUCAUCUCCUCAAUCAGAAAAUCCCGAUAUAAAUGCUUGUAGUUACUUGUGUUCAUGGUUAAGAUUAGUAAAAUGCGCUUUUAAGCUUCAUCA